AUGAGAAACAUUUGCAAGUUACCAGUGCUUAUACAUUUGGGACACAAGUAUAAUUAUGAAAAGUAUUUCAUGCAAUCAUUAAAAGUUAGACGAUUGAUAUCAGAUGAUUUUAAAAACGUAUGGAAAUCUAACUAUGACUUUUUAGUUACACCUACUACAUUAAGUACCGCUCCACUACUAUCUGAAUUUAAGUCUUUAGAUAACCGUACACAAUGUGCUACACAAGAUUAUUGUACCCAACCAGCAAAUAUGACUGGUUGUCCAGCUAUUACUAUACCAGUAAAAUUAUCAAGUAAUAAGAUGCCAAUCAGCAUACAAAUAAUGGCAUCAAAUUUUGAUGACAUAAGAUUGUUGCAGUUUGCUAAUUGGUUAGAAAAAAAAUUACAAUUUCCUCAAGAUUAUCUAUAA